AUGCUUUUAUUCAAGGUUGUUGUUGCACUUGGUGCACUGGCAUCAUUCGCGAGUGCCCAGUUCCAAAUCUUCGACACAUAUACGCCUGAUGAGCUUAUGCAAAUACAUGACAUCACAUCACAAUGCACAACAGCUCUCAAUUCGACCAUCGACUGCGAUGAGAACAACAUGUCCAGAGCAGCCGAGGGCGUCGACAUGGAUUAUUGGUACAUGGACAACAUAACUGCACUCUGCACAUCCAGCUGCUCGAAAUCACUGAGCUCUUGGCUUUCCCUCGUCCAAUCAAGCUGUGCUUCAGAGACUCUGAACUUCCUGGGCAGUGUAAUGCAAGCCAAAACCUUGCCUAUUGUAUUUCAGAAUGGCUACAACAUUGCUUGUUUGCAGGACAGCAAGUCGAACUGGUGCUUCUUUGAGUCGCAGAAUUGGCAAGGAAGCGAUGUAAUCAGGCAAGCAUUGACAAAAUCGAAAAUGUGCUGGAAUGCCGACCCUUCAGACAAUCCUCCAGAAUGCAACAAUGCAACAUUUGACACUACAGACGUGACUUCAGACAUGAUGGCUGUAACAAAUUUGUAUCCGAAUGAUCUGCUAUGCAAUGAAUGCUUCAUCAAAAUGUGGCGGCAACGGCUUCUCAACCCAUUCAUCCAAGAUGGUGACUCAUCCACCUAUCUUCUCGAUCAAUACAACCUGAUCCAACAAAAUUGCUCGACCAGUCUUCCAGUCACCACCUCUUCCUCCACCCUCUUUGUAUCCAAUGCACUGGUCACGGCAACUUCAGCAUCGGGGACUUUGCCUCCCUCCACCACCACGAGCAGUGGCGCAGCAACAACUUGUGCAGGGCAGCUUAUCUCGCCGCCCACCGCCUCGAACAUCUAUUGUCAAGAACUGGCCGAACAAUACAAUGUGACGACUGGUGAUCUCAUGGCUGCCACAAACGACCCUUUCUGUGUGUUUACCUCGCCCAUCUGCCUUCCACUCGCUUGCGACGGAGAGAUAAUCUGGGAUGGACAGUCCUGCGAUCAGCUCGCUUUGCAGUACUCCAACUCGACGAACAAUAUCACAACGCUCAUGUUCCUCAGCUGGAACCCCAACAUCCUAGGCGACUGUCAGCGCCUUGCACCUGGACAGCGGGUCUGCUCCAGCCCUCCUGAUGGCCAAUUCGUGCCCAGCGGAGUCAUUUAUGCGCCUACUGCUGCUGGCUCGUACUAUACCACAGCAUCUCCCAGCAUCCCCACCCAGUCUGGCACGGUUGACAGCUGCGGCCUGUAUUACAACGUGGUGGCGGGGGAUACCUGCAACGAGAUUGCGCUGCGCUUCGGUAUAAACUUCACAUCGUUCCAGACGUUGAAUCCGGAAAUCAACAGUGGGUGCACCAACUUAUGGCUCAACUACGCCGUCUGCGUGGCCCCCGUCACGCCUUCGCCGCUGUCGACAAACGGAACUUGCGGACCAGCUUGGGGCCAUGCCACUUGCACAGGCACCAACUUUGGAAAAUGCUGUUCAACCAGCGGAUACUGUGGCUCGACGCCAGGUUACUGCGGAGCUGGCAAUUGCGUGUCUGGAGCAUGCAGCGGCAGUUCGACCGGCGUGACGACUGAUGGCACCUGUGGUCCUGCUAAUGGAGGCACAACGUGUGAUAAUCCAAGUUUUGGCCCAUGCUGCUCGACUUCUGGAUACUGUGGAAGUACUUCUGCCUACUGUGGACCAGGUAACUGCUACUCCGGCAAGUGUGAUCCUGAUAAUGGUGGACCUUCGACAGAUGGGAGCUGCGGCCCCAACUUUGCCGGAAACAAAACAUGUACAGGCACCCAGUUCGGAACAUGCUGCUCAGUCAGCGGUUACUGCGGCUCAACCUCAGCAUAUUGCGGUGUUGGGAACUGUUAUUCCGGUGCGUGUAGCACGACAGGUAGUGCCGUUAGCCCCAACGGGCUCUGCAGUACAGCUCAGACGGGCAAUUAUACCUGUGCCGACUCUCAGUUUGGAGGCUGCUGCAGCACAAGUGGCUAUUGUGGGAGCACUUCGGACUAUUGUGCAAAGGCGAAUUGUCAAACGGCCUAUUCUAGUUCUUGUUCGUCUUCGUAG